UCUAGUUGCUGCAAUCUUACACAUUAUAUUAUUAUUUUGUAUAAUGUUUGUUUUUUUAUAUGUAGUCAUUUCAACAUGAGUUCCGGAGCUACUUCAAGCAAAUCAAAAAAAGCUGGAAGGGGCCAAAACAAGCGUUUCUGGACAACCAAGGAAGAUGAUGUAUUGGUCAGUUCUUUAUUGGAACUCUACCAUGAUCCUAAGUGGCGUGCGGAUACUGGCUUCAAAAAUGGUUACUUGCAGAAAUUACAAGAUAUGAUAGAAGCCAAACUUCCAAACUGUGGGAUACUGGCAAAUCCACACAUUGAAUCAAGAAUAAAGACAUUGAAAGGGAAAUAUGUUGCAUUAAGCGAAGCAUUAUCUCAGAGUGGUUUUGGAUGGAAUGAAGAAGCAAUGAUGUUGGAUUGUGAAAGAAGUGUAUUCGAUGAGUGGGCAAAGAACAAAAAGGAUGCAAAAGGUUUGUAUGGUAAACCAUUUGAACAUUAUUAUGCCCUUGGAGAGAUAUAUGGAAAAGAUCGUGCAAUGGGAACAAAUGAUGGAAAUGCUGAAGAUGAUGAAGAAGAAGUUAGGGAAGAGGAUGCAAGCAUGAAUCAAGAGGUUGUACGAGCUGAUGACUUUUUUGAACAAAUGAACAUGACUACUGAUGGUGGAUCUCAGUAUAGGGGAUCACAGUUUGAGGGGCUUGGUGAAACGGAAGAUAAUGAUACAUCUUUUAUACAACCAAGUCCUCCCCAACCACCAAGUGCCAAGCAACGUGCCAAACAGCAGAGGUCAACUCAAGAUGUAACAAAUGCUCCAAAUAAUACUCGUAGAAAGGCAAGAGCUUUGGAUGAUAUGGCUAAAAAAUUUGGAGUGAUCACUGAAGCCGUUGCAGGAAUGGCUCCAAAGUUUGAAGGCUUGAUUAAUGUUCUCUCAACAGAUAAGGAUCUUGCUGAUAUGCAAGGCAAACUUGGUGGUGAGCUGAGGAAAAUGGAUUUCCUAUCUCCAUUGCAGGUAUUUCACGUCACCAACAAAUUAGCUAAAGAGCAUGACUUGUUGAGGGUCUUCUUCACCAUGACUGAUAAGGAAAAGAAGGAUUACAUAAUCAACCUUCUGCAAUAUGGCCUACAGUGAAUGGAUGCUUGGACUUAGUUUUUUCUUUUGUGGAUGCUUCACUAGUGUAUUGGAGAUUAUAACUUGUUCAGACUGAUGGUUCAAUUUCUACUUUGAGGGAUUGUAUGGUACUAUGGUUACUAUUUUGCUAAAUUGGUACUAUGGUGGUAUUUCAAGUUAUUCGAAAUUGGUACUCGGUGUUAUUUCCUUCUA